UGGUGAAGACUUCAAUCUUUGAAAGAAAUAUUUUCAGCUGUACAUGUUUAUCUUUGUGUGUGAACCUGAAGCUGUAAAACUAACAUUUUAACAGUGACAGCUGUGAUGAUCAGUUUUUAUAUGAUAUCAUUCAGUCUUCCUCCUUAUCUUUUAUUGUUUGAUCAGAGGUGGACCUGGACCUCAUGGACCUGGACCUCGUUCUGUUUCCAGGCGGUGAUCAGCUGCUCAGAGGAGAUGUAAUGUUUAUGGUCUUUAAAAGACACUGCACUGCUGACAUGUUUUACCCAAUAAUCUUGUAAUAUUAUAUCUAGAUUUAAAGUUAUUAUUUAUUAAAACACACUUGUGGAGGCAUACUCUGUUUAGUGCAAUGGCAAACUGCCUUUAUCUAUAUAUUUAUUUAUUUAUACCUGGAGGCAAACCUGUUGUGAAUUUACUAAUUAAAAGGUUGUUUGUGGGCAGGUAUUAUUGUAAAAAUCACGUAAGAGGUUUGCCGUAGGAAAGUACAGAAAUACUCUGCAGGUGCCACAGAAGAUAAAAAGCACCACAAAGUACUGAUGAGUGCAAAGGUAAGAUAUGUUUUUAAAGCUAUGGCCUGACGGGGGUGCUGUGGUGGGUGUGGUUUUUCGAGUGGAACAGUCUCUUUUACACAGAGCAGUGGGUGCAUUUCUAGUCUGAUGAGUCACGACAAUCACUUGAGUCCAGACAUCAUGGAUAAUAUUUUCACUGUUAGACUGUCCUGGUCUCUGCAUUAUCUCCACUAAAAUGAUGCUUGUCCAGCUUUGUUUCCAUUAAGAGCUACACUGGACAUCUCAUGCUCCAGAGGAGACCGUCAGGAUCUGAAACCUGGCCUGAUGAGGAAGAUGUCUGAUGAGUUCAGUAGAUACUGAGUUUUUCCUGUGCUCCGGCUGUAUAAAAUGGAGGCCCAGAGGGGAGUUAUCAGAAGCCGUAUUCUAACCUUAUCAAAAGUUGAUGCUGCCUUGUUAAACCAGUGAAUAAAAAUGAGCCAGCCAACACCUGAGCCUCAACUUUCAAUUGAAAAAUGGACCACAGAAGACGUCCACCAGUGGCUGAUGACAGAGGUCAAAGUUCAUCAGAGUUGUGCCGACAGAUUCAUUGAAGAGGAAGUUGGGGAAUAUUUAGUCCUCUUCAAAAAGAAAGAUAUACUAGACUUGGGAAUAAAAUGUGGUCCUGCUGUCAAAAUCACAUCUUACCUAGAGAGGCUUAAAGAUGGAUCACAAUACGAGUCACAGUUCCCAGCAUACGUGGAAAACUGGACAAAGGAGCAGGUCAACCAGUGGUUACUACAGCAUGUCAAAAUACGUGGCAAAUAUGCAGAACAACUCCAUGAUGAAGAUGUGUCUGGAGACUGUCUUGUUUACUUCAGCAAACAGGAUUUUCUGGAUCUGGAUAUAAAAAGCGGUCCUGCUGUAAAGAUUCUGGCAGAGCUUCAUCAGCUGAACAAGAAGCCAGAGCCAACGCUGCAUCCCACCCUUCACACCACCACAGACCAAAAAGAACCAAAACCCAUUCAACCUGAACUGAGUCUGAAUCAAGCCAAAGAAACCAAACAACAAGAAUCUAAUGAUAAAACUGACUCACAAACAGAUGAAAUGGAAACGCAGCCAUUUGAGAAAGCUUCAGAGAGGAAGAUCAUUCAGCAGCCAAUCAAGGAAAUCAAGAGAAAAGAAACUGUUGUGACCACAGCCCUACUGAACACAUCCAAGAUCAGUGUGGAGAUCCAGAAAACUCUGGACAACCUUAUAAAAGGAGACCUGAAAAUGUUUCAUUUCUACUUACAUGAGCACACAAAAUCUGGGCAUAAACCUAUUCCUCGGGGUAGGCUGGAGGGCAAGGACACCAUGGAUACAGCAAAAGUAAUGACUAGUCACUAUGGAAAUGAGGGGGCUUUAUGGGUAACAAUAGACAUUCUAAAGGAAAUCAACCAGUGUGAACUUGCCUGUCAGCUGGAAAAGAACAUGGGUCAACUGCAGCAGCGGUGUCGUCCAAAAGCAGUUUUGAAGAAAGAAGCAAACCAGGGGUGA